AUGGCAGAAACCCAAGAUUUAAAAGCACUGGCAAAGACGUUGUCUGACAGCUAUUCUGCAAUUUUGCAGCACACAACACAUACAGAAGAAACGCUUGCAAAAUACAGCGACCACCUCCCACUUUCCUGGUUCACAGCACAACUGAUUGAAGCAUUACUAGCACUCAAAGAUCGCAACCAACAUGUGUACAAUUUGUGGACAGUAUGGGUACGACGGUUGUCAGGAGCGCCUGACGCCCUUGCUUCUGCCGAACCUCAACUCUCUCGUGUGUUGGAUGCUAUGCAACAAGCGCUCGUCGAGUUAGAAACACCGUUGGACAUUCGAAAAGAAGCAUGGAUUGGCUUAAUUGCUUUAUGCGGCACAGCACCGCCUCAAUUCUCGGAUACGCAAAUCAUCCAGGCAAUGACUCGUGUACUGAAACAAUAUGCAGAACACCCAGAGCUCGUUCAGUCUAUGGGAGAAACCUUAGACGCUGGUAUUGCUCAUUGUCUGGCGCACACAACCUUGCUAAACGUAUUCGAGGUGGAUCAUUGUGAGAGAUUAUUAGCCGCCUAUGUCAAGUUGAUUCCUCGUCGACCGCUUUCUGGUGCACCUGCUGCUAUGGCAGCUAUGCAGCACGUGGUAGAUGUCCGUGUCAAGCAGAAACCGCAGACAAAGGUGAAUGCUGACAUGGAGACACUUGUUGCUUUGGUUAAAGCUGUCCCCGCAGAAGAGUCGUUGGAGAUACAAUUGGCACGAUUGACUAUUCUUGCCGGUGUAGUACGAAUGCUCCAGUUUUCACAAGAGAAAGAAAAGACAAAAAAGAUUAGAGGCAUGCAAGAGCAACUGGAACAAAAGUUUGCAAAGCGUUUUGAUUCGCUUGUGGUUGCCGUAUAUGACCAUCCACAAACUGUUGCGAUCAACCAAGAUAUUAUUGCUUACAUUGCGGGACAAUGUUUACCAAGCUUGUCGUCUGAUGUUCUUAAGGAAUUGGAUCAUACGAAUGUGCUACGGAUCCUCAUAUCCUGCCUACUUACUAGUGACCAAAUUUGGAAGAAUGGAGCAAUUGUACGCAACUUAAGUGUGACUCAAAAAGAUGUGGAUCAUCUCGCAGAGAUCGCCGAAGGGGCCGUGUACAAGGACAUUGGUAGGAUAUCGCGUGCGAUUGCAGCCGUCAUUACAGCCGGAUUGGAACAUGCUAGUGACGGUAGCAUGGCAAAUAUGGUGCAAUCCAGCAUUGAUAGACUUGUCGGGUUUUCGUAUAAUGUAUUCGUCGAUUGGGAUCGGUUUACGGCAAAUAAUCCGGAUUCUGCAAUGGAUACAGCUUACCAGGAUACCAUCACAAACGCCGUUGCGUACCUCAUGCAUGAUGAUAAUACGUGCCAACUGAAUAAGCUUAUUUUAAGGGCGUAUCGAGAAUAUGCGCCCGCGCAGUUCACGACUGACCGUACACACCCAAUCUCCUUACUAUCGUCUGUCCAACUGUCACGCUUGACGUUCUUUACAAACCUAAUUGAGCAGGUGAUGGGUCAAAUUGAAGACAAGGUGCUCGAAAAAGAUGUCUUGCCUGUCAUAUACCCUGUUCUGAAAUGGAAGAAGCCCGAAAACAAGGACUUGUAUGAAAGCGCACAUUCGGCAGUGCUGGCAGUGUUUUCAUCACAAAAGGAAAUAUCUCGUGAACUGACGGGUGUUUACGCACAAUUGCUUGUUGAGAGCUUCCCAGAACCAAUGACUCUGCAUCAGCUUCGAUUUGCCUACACGACCAUGAUCCAGUCAUUGUGUAUGAUGGAUGACGCGCUUUCAUGGCUGGCAGCCAACUACUUGCUGGACAAGAUUCACGCACUGUCAGUAAAUGAAAAGGACAUUGUCUUGGUUUCGCAGUACACGGCCGCCUUGAUCGACUUGCUCAAGCCACUCUCGCUCGGCCCGUUCUUCGGCCAGCUGCUGAGCGAAGUUGAAGCGCUCGUGCUACAGCGAUCCUUGACCGCGGGAACACGGAAUGCUACGCUCAAGAUCAUCUUUGAGACAGUAAGCGGAUCGGGUAUCUCGGACAUGCGCCGAGUAGAAGCUGUUGGCUGGUUUCUGGAGUUGAAACGCAAAGUCAAGGCGCUAGAAGAGAACCACAGCAAUACCACAACUGACAGCAAUGACAAUGGCAGUAACAAGAAAACACAAGAAGCACGACCAUCGCGGGCUGAGGCUGCAUAA